UCAAAUACCAGGACAUCCAAUGGCAAGCGACGUUGCUUGUGUCACCAUGGUGAUGGGGCUGUACCCAGGGAGGUUGUGAUGGGUUGACAGGUGCGUGACAAUCGGAGCUCUCUGCAAGCAUGUACGCCAAAGGCAAGAGUAACAACGUGCCGUCCGACAGCCAAGCAAGAGAAAAGUUAGCUCUCUAUGUGUAUGAGUACCUGCUGCACGUAGGGGCACAGAAGUCAGCACAGACCUUCCUCUCAGAGAUCCGAUGGGAGAAGAACAUCACAUUAGGAGAGCCCCCAGGGUUCCUCCACUCUUGGUGGUGUGUGUUCUGGGACCUGUACUGUGCAGCCCCGGAGAGGAGAGAAACGUGUGAGCACUCCAGUGAGGCCAAGGCCUUCCAUGACUAUAGUGCAGCAGCAGCCCCCAGUCCCAUCCUUGGGAACCUUCCCCCAGGAGAGGGAAUGCCAGUGGGUCCUGUACCUCCAGGAUUCUUCCAGACGUUCAUGUCACCUCGUUACCCUGGUGGGCCCAGACCUCCCCUCAGAAUACCCAAUCAGGCAAUGGGGGUCCAUGGUAACCAGCCUAUGCUACCCAGCGGAAUGGACCCCACGAGACAACAAGGGCAUCCAAAUAUGGGCGGGCCCAUGCAGCGAAUUACUCCACCCAGAGGGAUGGUCCCUCUUGGGCCACAGAACUACGGUGGAGGGAUGAGACCUCCUCUAAAUGCACUCGUCGGCCCUGGGAUGCCUGGCAUGAACAUGGGCCCUGGUGGGGGUAGACCUUGGCCAAAUCCUCAAAACGCCAACUCAAUCCCCUACUCCUCUGCGUCUCCGGGGAGUUAUGUGGGUCCGCCGGGAGGAGGGGGGCCACCUGGUACUCCAAUAAUGCCCAGCCCAGCAGACUCGACUAACUCCGGUGACAACAUGUACACCAUGAUCAACACAGUCCCCCCAGGUGGAAACAGACCAAAUUUUCCAAUGGGUGCUGGUGUAGACGGUCCAAUGGGAGGGAUGGCAGGAAUGGAGCCACAUCACAUGAACGGAUCGCUAGGGUCUGGUGACAUGGAUAGCCUCCCUAAGAACUCUCCUGGUAACCUGAGUAUGAGUAACCAGCCGGGGACCCCCAGAGAUGACGGAGAGAUGGGGGGCAACUUCCUCAACCCCUUUCAGAACGAGAGCUAUUCUCCAAACAUGACGAUGAGUGUGUGAAGGCUCCGCCAGCUGGUCAGUUAGUGGUGUGGAUUGGUGAAAGAGACAGGACGUGAUGUAAUCUUUGCCCAGUGGCUCUUCCUCUCUGUGCCCUGCCUACCAGGACAGUAGACCGAGGCCUCGUUCUUCCCCUGGCCUCUCUCUAUCUGUGUUUGUUCUCUUCUUCUGUUUCCUCUCCCUUUUACACUUGUGACCUUCUACUUCGUUCAUCACCUACCAUCAGAGACUGUAUAAAAGGAACGUCAAUUCCAACAAACCAGGAAAUAAAAAUCUCUGUAUAUUUAUAAAUGUAUGUCACUGUGCAUACUCUCAGUCGUGAUAACACAGAAAGAUGUUCCAUGCUCCACCAUCUUGUGGAAAAGACACUGAAAACCCUCAAGUGUAAAGAAAUCUGAGCAGAUAGCUUUCUGGCCUGUCUCCCCACCUGCAUUUGUUAUGAGUCUUGAGAUUUGAUGGGCAUGAUGGCAACCACAGUCUAUGAUUGGAUGAAUUAUAUUGAGAUGACAACUUCAGUCUCAUUGGAUAUACAACAACCUGGGAUAAAGCCUAUUUAAUGGCAUCCUCCAUCUCUCAUUGGAUGAAGAUUAUGGCAACCACAGUCUUUGAUUGGAGAGGGGCGACAGCUUCAGUGAUUUGAGAUCUUCGUCCCACAAUGUUUUUUAGUUUCACCUCCAUACACCUGGAUCUGAUGUGCUAUGUUGACUGCAGAGAGAGAGAGAGUGCGAGAGAGAGAGAGUGCGAGAGAGAGAGAGAGAGAGAGAGAGAGAGAGAGAGAGAGAGAGAGAGAGAGAGACAGUGAGAGAGAUCAUUCAGUACAGUAUGGGCCAUAUUUUCAAUUCUGUCUUUUAUUGGUUGGUUGAUUUUGUUUUGUGUGUUGAAUGGUUUGAGAAUGUACUCAUGAUUGUUGCGUUGUACACUGUGUAAGUGUACUGGCUGGAGAGUAUUGUAAGGCUACAUCUUAUCAUUUACUGGGAGCAUCCUUAUAUCUAUGUCUUGACCACGAGCAUCAACACCUAAAAACAAAUAGAGAUUCACCAAUCUAACAAUGACACAUCUGAAAUGGAGAGAACAGAGAAAAUGCAAGCAGUUGGUUGUCUGAAAGAUAACUAUUUUCUGCCUUGUCAAAAGGAUGCAAUGUCUGUUAUGAUUUUUCAAAGAAUACAAGACUGUAAAUCGAAAUGAAAAAGGAAAACAAAAAGUUCAGCAAUUGUUGACAAUGGUUGUAGGGAUUUUUGUGUGAAGGUAUUAUUAAAAACAUGCAUUUAAAUCAUUUUCUUAAUUAAUUUAUUAUUGUCAUCCGGAAAAACUGUGAUAUUAAUGUAUUUUGGAGAGUAUGUAUACAUUUUAGUAAUUUAGCAGACGCUCUUAUCCAGAGCAACUUACAGUUAGUGACUGCAUACAUUUUCAUACUGG